CAACCAGGGAGAAAAAUUACAUACAGAAAAACAUUGAAAUAACAGAAUACACAUUAUAUUAUACCCUCUUCGACCCAAUUUAUAAAACAUUGAAAUAACAGAAUACACAUUAUAUUAUAUUCUUUUCGUUUCAAUUAAUGUGAGUUGAUUUAAUUUGGUACGAACACUAAUAGUAUCGACAAUCAAUCAAUCCUAAUUAAUGCUACUUAUGGACGGAGAGAAGAAGAGGAAGAGAACAGACAAAGGCGACGUUAACGGCGGAGGAGAUCGGAGUAAGCAUGAGGUAGAAACUACUUUGAAGGCGGAGGAGGAGGCAGUAGUGUUGCCGCCGCCUUCAGAGGAGGAGGUUGACGAGUUCUUCGCGAUCUUAAGGAGGAUGCACGUGGCGGUGAAAUAUCUCCAGAGAAAUGCUCAAAUUCGUCCGGAAAACGUUAACGCUCCCGGCAACAAGUUAGACAUACCGCCAGCCGGUGUUAACGGAGUUGCAGCUGGACAGAAGAAAGCACAGGGAAUCGUGCGAAAAGUUGGUUUGGACCUCAACACUCUGCCAGACGGUGGAGACUAACGCCGUUUAAUCAUAGGUUAAUUACAGAAAUGCACCCUGAAUUAUCGUAGAUGCUUAAGGGUGAUCUGUUGUACAGAGUAAUUAAAGCCUUUCGUAGCUCACUGUUUUUCUCAGUUUUGGAAUUGGUAACACAUAUUUCUCCGCUAAACGCUCUUUGUAAUUUACUGGAAUAAAUUUAAUUUAUUUUAUCAUUAGAUGCUUGCAGCGCAUAAUCUUUUCAUACCAUUUUUUCUUUGGAAUAUUAUGUCUCUUCGUGAAUAUGUACUUCUUCUAUCUUAAUUCAUGUGUACUUUUGGAUUUUGUGA